AUGGGUAAUUAGUAAGAAAAGCAAGAUUCCAAAUAAUUCUUAGAAAGAAAGCUUGAUCCAAAUUAUGGAGAAGUUGCCGUUUAUUUAGAUAACAACAAAAAUUUUACAUUUGCUGAAAUUAAGCAUGUAUUAUCAUCUGAAACAAAUAUAACUGCUUUGAAAUAAUUGAUUACAAAGAGGUAUUUAAGCAACUAAAUUCUAGAUAAUAAUUGAAUCAUAGGGGCUUAAUAAAAAUAUUAAGUUAUGAUAAUGGGGAAAUUGAUGAUUUAUGCAGUUCAUUCACUGUUUUAUCGAUAACAGUUGAAUAUUAUAAUGAAACAUUAUAAAAUGAUCUGAAACAAAGAAUUAUACAUAAGACAACCUACACAGAAUCAGAGCUAAAUUAUAUUAUUUACGAAAUCUCCAGUGUUUGUCUAUUUAUGAGAGAUUCAUAAAAUGAGAUUCAAGAUAUUCAUCCUUCAAAAGUUUUAAUAGAUGAGAAAAGGUAAAUAAAAUAUUUUGAUCAAAUACUCGAAACCCAAAAAGUUAAUAACUAUUUUAAGAUUCUUUUUGCCUUAAGAGACUUAGAAUAUAUUGCUCCUGAAUAAUUAAUAUUAUUAAAAGGAGAGAUCAGAAAUGAUAAUACAGAUCAAGAAUUAGUGAACGUAUUUUGUUUAGGUUUGAUGGUUGUAAGUUUAAUAAGUGGCUUGAGAUGUGUUGAAUUUUAUAAUUAAGAUAGUUUAGAAUACAAAAGAGAAUAUGUAAAUCAAUUACUAGAUAAAUAUUGUUUAAAGCAUCAGUUUUCAAGCCUUUUUAAAUAGAUAGUAAUAUCUAUGUUAAAGUUUCAUCCUUCAGAUCGCCUUAAUUACACAUAAAUAUUAAAUCAACUUUAGCCCUAUUAAGAAAAUUUUGCUCAUUUUUUAAACCAUCCAGGAAAAUAAAAAGGUAAAGAUUAUAACUUUAUUAGAAUUUUUUGAUUCACAACUUCAUUCUUCUCAUACACAAGGCUCUGCUGUAAAGUCUUAAGCUUAUUCCUCUAUCUCAUGUGAUUUUAGUGAAAUUGAUUAAGUUAUUAAGUCAGCUAGAUAGAGAGCACAAACAACUUUAGACGAAGUGGGGUUAGAUCUCAAACUUAAUGCUUUUCAAGGUAGCAUAAUUACAGUUCUUGAUGAGACAGAUUGA